AAGCCCAAAAUUAUUGGAUCACUCAUAAACAUCCUCUUGCUUGUAAGUACUAUACUUCCAAAUAGAAGUACAACCACAUUUCUUGCAGUACCUUUCACUUUCCUAUAAAUACAACAAAGUUAUUACAUAGUUGAUCUAAACUUCAGAAGGCUUACAAAAUUGAGAGAAAAGUAAGAUGAAUUUAUCAACGUAUUGCUGCCAUAAUCCAUUGCCUCCAAGUUCACCCCUUGAUCGUACUUCAUCAUCAUCUUCGCCUUCAAAGAAAUAUUUUUCAUAUGCUCCAAGGAAAGGUAAUGAGAAUAAGUCAUCAUGGAGGAGCCAAAAGUUGAUGGCAAUUGCAACAACCAUAGUAAUUGGUCUAGAAGUAGGAGAUAUUUUAAGCAACGACAACGGAAAUUAUUCGAUGGCUAGCGAACUUGAAAUCGAAUCUCAUUUACUCGUACCAAAGAACGAUAAGAAAAGAAGUGUUACAAGAUGGAGUGACAAAAGAAUGUGCCCACCAUGGAACAUUAAUUCAUUGGAAACUAUUGUACCCGAAAAUCUACCUAGGCCAUCUUUCCAUAGAAAAUGGGAGGGAGUUUCUUUAUCUCCUAAAUCUGCUCCUUCAGUUAAACUUUUUCUUAUUAAGCCAAGGAAAAAUUGUUUUUCAUUGUGAAAAAAGAACAUGUACUGUACAUUCUCUCUUGUGCAUAUAUAUGCAACAAAAUGUAUGCUAGUUUGGCUUAUAACGUGUUUACAUGUACUCAUAUAUAUAUUCUUUUGGAUAUAAACAUGAGUGUAACUAUCUCAAUUCACGAA